GAUCCCUCUUCCUAUUCUCACCCUGGCUCCCGAGUCCUCAGUGCUGAUAGGGUGGAGCAGAUGACCAAGACCUACAAUGACAUUGAGGUUGUCACACAUCUACUGGCUGAGCGGGACCGGGACUUGGAGCUGGCCGCUCGGAUUGGUCAGUCUCUGCUUCAGAGGAACCACCUGCUCCAGGAACGUAAUGAGUCUGUGGAGGAACAGCUAGCACAGACCCUGGACCAGGUGCACCAGCUACAACAUGAGCUGGGGAAGAAGGAUGAGUUGCUGCGGAUGGUGGCCAGCGCUUCGGAGGAGAGUGAGACGGAUUCCAGCUGCUCAACGCCGCUGCACCCCCGCCAACCCCUAGCGCCCGCUGCGGCCCUCAGCCAGCUGGAGGCCCUGCAGGGGAAAAUGUCUGAUCUGGAAGAGGAGAAUCUGGCCCUACGCUCUGAGGCCUGUCAUCUGAAGAAGGAGACCAUCACCUACGAGGAGAAAGAACAUCAGCUGGUCAGCGACUGUGUCAAGGAGCUACGCGAGUCCAACAGUCAGAUGGUGAACCUGACAGAGGAGCUGUCCCAUAAGAAUGAGGAGGUGAUGAGACACCAGGAGGAGAUUACCCAGCUCCUCUCCCAGAUAGUAGAGCUCCAACACCGCGUCAAAGAGUUGGCCCUGGAGAAAGAGGAACUGAGGAUUCACCUACAGGCCUCUAAAGAUGCCCAGAGAUCACUCACUGCAGAGGUGAGUUGUCUAGCAAUGAACACUUCAUUGAACUCUGACUCCAUAGAAGUGCAUUAAGGUGUGCCCUUAUCCGGUACAACAUUUCAUAACUCUCCAACAUCAUUUGCACCACAGCUAUAUGUCAGAGCAGAACUGCAGCUGAUAAGCAGUAUGAUAUGGCCCUGAGUUGUAGUAUUUUAAAUAUUAUCUUGGGUUUGUUUUGUCAUGUUGACACAAGCAGUGAAUUUGUGUCCAAGGUUAUUAGCUGCAUCAAGGUUUAAGUAAAGUUAAGGUUAGGUGUUU